GGGUCCUGUGACUGGAGUCAGGUGGUGUGAGAACUGGUCUGCUUGUGGGAAGUUGCUAGGAGAAAGUUGAGAGUCUUUGAAGAAACUUCUGCAUUUUGCGGCGCGCGCAGUGAGCCCAGUGCUGGAGCCGCGUGCGCUCCAGUCCGGGUUAGGACACUGGAGGUUCCGGGCGGGAGCUCUGAGCUGGGGGCUCGGAACGGCAGCGGGGAUGGCUGGCGGGGCGUCGGGAGAGCCCGGCCCGGGAGCGGCUGCUGGCAUUGUAGUGCCUGAGACCCAGGAGCACCUCUUCAAAGUUCUGGUCAUCGGCGAACUUGGGGUGGGGAAGACGAGCAUCAUCAAGAGAUACGUGCAUCAGCUUUUUUCUCAGCACUACCGGGCCACCAUCGGGGUGGAUUUCGCCCUCAAAGUCCUCAACUGGGACAGCAAGACCCUGGUCCGGCUGCAGCUCUGGGAUAUUGCAGGUCAAGAACGGUUUGGUAACAUGACAAGAGUAUACUACAAAGAAGCUGUGGGUGCUUUUGUGGUCUUUGAUAUCUCAAGAGAAUCUACAUUUGAGGCAGUUCUCAAAUGGAAAAAUGAUUUGGACAGUAAAGUACAACUUGCCAAUGGCAUCCCAAUUCCUACAGUUCUCCUAGCCAAUAAAUGUGAUCAGAAUAAGGACAAUAGCCAUAGUCCUUCUCAGAUGGACCAGUUCUGCAAAGAAAAUGGCUUUACAGGGUGGUUUGAAACAUCUGCAAAGGAUAAUAUCAACAUAGAUGAAGCAGUUCGAUUCCUGGUGGAGAAUAUUCUUGCAAACUAUAAAAAUUUCCCUAAUGAAGAUGAUGUGGACAAAAUAAAGCUGGACCACACCACUUUGAGGGCAGAGAGUAAAUCCCAGUGCUGUUAAUCUUUCCCUUACUAUCUUUUUGGUAUAAAAUGAUGGCUGACUUUAUACCUAUCAAGAUUUAAAGUGAGACUGGAUUCCAAAUGGACUGCUGUAUUGGAACUUUUCACAUGGAUGAUUCUUUAAAAUGGUGGUAUCUCGGGAUGCCUGAAUUUCUUGGUUGGAAAUGGAAUAUAUAGUAAAUUGUUCCUUGCCAUGGGUAUAGAACAUGUGUUCAAAGUUUGUGUUGUUCUUCAAACAAUGUCAAAAUGUUUAUGCUUUUUUUUGUAUUUUUUUUAAAAUAAGCAAAUAGUUCUUCUAUAUAUGGAAGGAUUUCUGAGUUGAAUUAUUUUAUUGUUUACUACUACAGAAGAAAACUUUACAAUCCUGACUUUUCUAACAGUUUUUAUAUGUAAUUUGUUUUUGUUUUUGUUUUUUUUUUGAAGGAAUUCUGGUAAUUUGUCUUAUUGAUUUAGGUAUUUUAACUUUCAUUAGUCAUAGAAGUCACAAAGUCCUUUUUCCUGUUUGAUAGCAUUUUUUUUUUAAAUAUAUAUACACACAUACACAUACACAAAAGUUUUGCAUUUCAUUUUAAGCCUUUUAAAGGUUUAUAAUUUUAACAUGAUGCUUUCAAGCUUUUUGUAGUCCAGUUAAGUGUUCUUUAAUUUCUUAAUCUGGGCUUGAUCAUGGGUGACUUCGUAGGGAAAUAGUCCUUUCCAGGGAACAAUUUUGAUAGUUAAGAUUAGACAGUCUUCUCCUACAUCCUCUGUAUGUGUUCUUACCACAGAUAUCUUAUUUCAGAUUUGAUCAGUGGUAUAAGCCUCACUACUAAUAAUAUCUUGGUGAAACCAGAUGACAAAAUUAGAAGUUGUGGUCAGUAGAGAAUGAAAUAACUGGCAAACAAACUUAGAUGUUCUACACUAACAUUCUGUUGUCAUUUAAAAUAGAGUAGUAGAGAAACUGAAGGCCAAAGUACUUGUUUUCAUACCUAUUUUUUGAAUGAAAUUGUCACUUAUUAGAAAAGAAUGUUUUGAUGAUUAAUAUAGUUUUUGAGUAACAAAGAAAUAUUAAUGGCUUUUAAAAACGUAUCAGUGUCUACUUACAUGAAAAUAUCUUGUUUUAAGGGAUUCACUGCCUUAUUUUUUUUCUGUCUUAUUUAAGGGAAGCCUUAAUACUCUUCAAGAAUUAAAUUUUUGUGUAACAUAACCAUUGCCUAGUUACUCCUAGGCAGCUAAGUGUUAUACUGGAUAUGGGGUUGCAAUUGGAGUUACAAGUUGAAUUCAGAUCCUGCCUCAUAUACUUAAUUGGGGGAAUAUAUCCAUUGGCAAGGUCAAUUAACACUCAGCCUCAGUUUCUUCAACUCUCAAAUAUUGACACUAAAACCUACCUCACAAUGCUAUUAUGAGGAAUACGUAAUGUUUUUCAAACCUCAAAACCCUAUAUGAUGAUAGCAAUGACUAUUUUUAGAGAGAACACUUAGAAGGGGUUGUGUGUUUAAUCUAGGAGUGAAAAGCCUCAGACUACUCUAGUUUUUGUUGUGUGAAUAAUUAGAAACAUAAGGAAAAAAAUGGCUUCUACAUUGUCUUGGUUUUCAUAGGGAAAGGACUCAGUUGUCAGAGGCCAUAACAUGCAACUGACUUAUCUUAUGGCUUUUGUCUAUAGAGUUCUUAUUUAAGAACUUCUUAUUUAUUUAAGAAAAUUAAAAAAAUAAACACAGACCAAAGACAUUGAACUUUUUAAGUUAUGCAUCCAUGAUAUCAAAAUUGAUUCUCAAGUUAACAGAAGAGAAAAGAAUCUUAGAAUUUUAACCAAGUGACAUUUGCCAUUUUAACAGUAAGUCACCAUGCUUUCCUGUGGAGUUUUUUUUCAAAAUGCAUCUUUAGGGAUCUUGAGUGAGUCUUAGAUGUAUUUUGUACUUUCUUUCCACACUACACAAGAAAUGUGGGAAGGGAUGUCACAAUAAAUAAAACACCAACUCUGGGGUCAAAAGGACCAGAAUUCAAAUCCAGACUCAGACACUUAAAAUCCUCAUUAGCUAUGUGACGCUGGACAAGUCAUUUACCCCUAAUUGCCUCAACAACAAAAAAGAAAAAGAAGAAAUGUGUUGGGAUGAAUUCUGAACUGGGUGUUAUUCGGUUUGAAUAGAAAACCAGUUCUGGAAUCAAAAGGACCUGAAUUCAAAUCUAGACUCAGAUACUUCCUAGCUGUGUGACCCUGGACAAGGUACUUAACUCCCGAUUGCCUCAACAACAACAAAAAAAGAAAUGUGUUGAGGUGAACACUGAAAUGGGUGUUACUCAGUUUGAAAUGUUGAUAGUUACCAUAACUAAAUGACUUGAAUCUUCUUAUUGCUACAGUUAGCUUAUACAUUGCUUCAGGUGUAUGUGUGUGUGUGUGUGUGUGUGUGUGUGUGUGUGUGUGUGUGUGUGUUUAAGAUACCAGCUUGAGAAUCAAGUGACUUGUGAUCUUUCCAGAUCCUUACAUUACUCUUGAAGAUUUAAGCAUUUGUGCUAUAUAAAAAUGGCAACAAUAUUCUUAGAGCUUGAGGAUAGAUUCACUUAAUCUUUGUUUUAUGGUGUUUUUGUGCAUGGUGGGGUCCUUUCAGUUCUCUACAGCAUCUAGAAAUGUUUGUUUUUGAGUGUUUUCAUUGAGCACUUCUUUUAUGCAAGACCUUUUGGGGAAUAUAGCGAAUAAGACAUAUUUUUGCCUGUGCAGUGCUUAGCAUAAGUAGGGGAAGGAAGACAUGUGGGCAUUUAGGUGUUGGAAUGGAUAAAGUGCUGGACUUGAAAUCAGGAUAAACCUGAGUUUUAAUCUGGUAUUUUUGUGUGACCUCAGAAAUUCAUUUGACAUUACCUCAAUUUUCUGAUUUGUAAAAUGAUAAUGACAGUAAUAGAGCACCUAUUUGUCAUUGGUAAAACAUUUGCAAACCUUAAAAACUCCAUGUUGCUGCUAUUUGACAAUUAGAUAUUUUGGCUAAGUAGAUAGGGUGCUUGGCCUGGAAUCCUGAAGAUGUGAGUUCAAAUCUAGCCUUAGACACUUAAUAGUUGUAUGAUCUUAGGCAAGCCAUUUAAUCUGUUUGUCUUCAAAUCCUGGAGAAGGAAAUGGCCAACCACUCCAGGAUUUUUGCCAAGAAAACCCUGUGGACACUAUGGUUUAUGGGACCAUGAAGAGUCAGACAUGAUUCAGUAACUGAACAACAAAUGCCAGCAAUUAGCUAUUAUGGCCAAUACUAUAAUUUUGAGGUAGUGCUAAGCAGAGGCAAAAAAUAACGGGACAGCUCACCAAAACUUAACCACAGCCUGAGGGAAAGGAGAAGAGUCUGAAAAUGUGGAAUUACAUGUAUUUGAGUUGGGUCUUCAGGGCCUUCCUGUCCUUCUACAGGUGGAAAUUGGAAGAUGGGAAUUGAUCAUAGGAAGGCACUUUAGGAGGAAGAAUACAAGAAAAAGUCCUUUUGACAAUAGGUAUAAAUUUAGAAUAGGUUUUGUCAACCAUUCAUAAAGAGAAGGAAUAUUACUGACUUGUUCUCUUUCAAAAGGAGCAACAUUUGUUCAGCUUUACAAAGAACGGUGUGUUUUUUACAUACAUUUUCAUUUGACUUUUACCCCUGCCUUUUAAGGUAUUUCAAAAUAUUAUCCCUCUUUUAUGGAGCAAGAAACUAAGACUAAGAAGCUAAGAGUCUUGCUUAUUUGUCUUGCAGCUAAUAAUUUUGAAUUCAAAUCUUUCUGGAUUCCCAAUCUAGCACUGUUUCUUCUUUAUCAUGCUUCAUUCAUAUCAAUUAGGGCACUGAAAGAAAUACAGAUUAGCUAACUAAAUAAAAACAAGUAUAUUUCCCUAUCAAUCAAUCAUCAUCAUUGACACUUAAUAAAUGUUAAUUAAUUAAGAGCUAGAAUUCAUAUAGUACUUUAAAAUUUGCAGAGCUCUUUACAAAUAUGUUCUCAAUUUUUCCUUAGAGGAACCAUGUCUAUAUUGCAUGAGCACCUUAAAGAUUUCAGUCAACUAAGAGCAUAGGGAAAUAUAGUAGAUGGAGCUAACUCUUGAGUCAGAAGUCACUGUUAAGUGAUUCCUUAGCCCUUGAUUUCCUCGUCUCUAAAAGGAGAUUGGACCAGAUGGCCUCUGAGAGCCUUUCCAUUUCUAGGCCUGUGAUCUAGUCCUACCUACUAAUAAGAAGACCAUGUCAUAUAUGUAGCUAAUAUAUGUCAGAGUUCAGACCUGAAUUUAGAUCUUUCUGACUCCGUAUUUAUUCUACUACUCCCUGUAAUGCAUAUCCCUAUAAAAUCUAUGAUGUUAGAUUACCAUUUAAUUUGCCAAAGUUAGGCAGUUCUUUAAAGUUGUGAAAUAGAAGCACUGGGACUAUAUGCUAUGACUAAAGAAUAAUAUUUGUGUUUUUAAAAUAAAGUUAUUUUAUGAAUUCAGGAAAAAGCAAUCUUGAUCAUAAUUUACCUGUACAUUUCUCUACUUACCAGAGUAUUUUAUCCUAGAAAACUAGAAAAAAUACUGAAACUCCUUUGAAAAAAGCCUUUUAUUACCUCUUUCCUCCCCAUGUCUUCUCUUCAUAUCCCUUUUGUUAAAGAAAAUUACUGAGGUACCUUUGCUGUUUUUGUAGCAGGACUAAAGAAAUUAAUAAACAAAUGAUACUUAUUGUGGAAUGAGCCCAAGCAAGAGGUUUGAAAAUGUAUGUGAGAAAAAAUGUAAUUAAAGUCUUAAUUUUGUUUUGCUAUAUGAUAGAAUCACAUUCUUUAAAAAGACUUUGUUCAUUAAUAAACUAUGAAAUAUGACUAUUU